AUGAGCGGCAACGCUGAUAAAGCUAAAGAAGCCCGUGACACAUUGAGCUCGAUAUACUCCUUCUAUGCGGCUAACCAAGAUACUGUCGAAAACGUCCCUUCCUUCAUCAGCAGUUCUAGCGGUGAUAUCCCAAUCGCCGUGCAGAUCCCGUCUGCAGAACAAACUGAAGAAUUGAAAAAACACCUGAAGAUGCUAAUUGAAACUCAAGAGGCGAUUGACGGUAUUUCAGAGAGGGACCGGCGACUCAUGAUCGAGGCAGCCGACGCUAGCACCAUCAAGCAUGGGUUCGACAGAGUGAUCCGGCAACACUUGCGUACAACACCCUCCAAUGUUGGUGGUGCAAGCAUGCAAGCGCCGCGUCAAAUCGACUGGUCGCUUGAGAUGACAGUUGCCAUCCUGAGCGACAUCGUCUCCGACGACAUCUUCUCUGAACAUUGGUCUGGUGUGGCGGUAAUCGUUUUCGUCUUUGACGUGGCAUCCAAAUUCUGGCAUGUGCUAUAG